GCGAGUCAGUCCGUAAAAUAAAAACCCCAGUUGUCAAGUUUGAGUAACGUUUGAGACGGGGAGAAUUUUCUCCUUCCCUCUCACAUUCUUCUUCCAUCAAUAAUGUCCCACUUCUCACUUUCCAUGUGAUUUUAACUCCCCUUCUUUUAUUUCCUCCUCUGUUUUCUCUCUCCUCCAAUUUCCCAAUUACUCCUCUUCAUCAUCAAUUCCAGGUACCCUCUUUUACUCACCAUUUUUAUUAACAUUUAUUUUAAUUCAAUUUCACUAAAAAUUGAGAAUUUCAUCUGGGGUUUCAAUUUUUUUAAAAAUUUAUCCAUACCCAUUUUGUUAAAUUCAUUUUUAUUUGCAGAAUUUGUUGAAUAAUCGAGGGAAAAUUACAGAAAUGAAAAAUACUUUGAAUGGGAGGAAAAGCAUAAUAAACAGGGGAACUCUGUUUUUAUGGGUGGCAUUAACAAUUGGGGUUUGUUUUGUCACUUUAAUGUUGUUAAAAAAUCAACCUAAAAGAGUGGGUUAUAAUGAUCCGGGCCGGGCUGACCCGGUUAUUGAGAUGCCCGAGGAACGGAAAAAAGCCGAAGGCCCGAACCCGAGGUUUCAUGUAGCAGUCACGGCUACAGACACACCUUAUAGCAAAUGGCAAUGUAGGAUAAUGUACUAUUGGUAUAAGAGGGUUAAGGAUUUGCCCGGGUCAGAUAUGGGCGGGUUUACUCGGGUUUUGCAUUCGGGCCGGCCCGAUAAUUUGAUGGGGAAGAUCCCUUCUUUUGUUGUGGAUCCUCUCCCUCAUGGCCUUGACCAGGGAUAUGUUGUGCUGAAUAGACCUUGGGCAUUUGUGCAAUGGUUGGAAAAGGCAACAAUUGAGGAAGAAUAUGUCUUGAUGGCUGAACCAGACCAUAUAUUUCUUAGACCCUUGCCUAACCUAGCACACGGAAAAUUCCCGGCAGCAUACCCAUUUUUCUACAUCAGACCAGCUGAAAAUGAGAAGCUUAUCAGGAAGUUCUAUCCGAAAGGCUCCAUAUCAAAUGUGGAUCCAAUUGGAAACUCUCCUGUCAUAAUAACCAAGUCCUUGCUGAAGGAAAUCGCACCUACUUGGUUGAAUGUAUCAUUGCAAAUAAAGUACAAUCCUGAAGCAGAUCGCACUUUUGGUUGGGUGCAAGAAAUGUACGCGUAUGCCAUAGCUUCUGCAUUACAUGGUGUGAAGCAUAUUCUUCACAAAAAUUUCAUGGUACAGCCUCCAUGGGACAUCAAUCUUGGGAAAAGUUACAUCAUCCAUUUUACUUAUGGUUGCGAUUAUACCAUGAAGGGAAUCCUAACUUAUGGAAAAAUUGGUGAAUGGGGCUUUGACAAGAGAUUGUAUAUAAACAGUCCUCCACCGAAAAAUCUUACAUUGCCUCCUCCUGGAGUUCCUGAGACUGUGGUAAGACUAGUAAAGAUGGUAAAUGAAGCUACAGCCAAUAUUCCUGGUUGGGAAACCCUGUAAUCGAACGCCUGUGUUAUGAACAUAGCAUACAUAGAAAUUCUUAUACAAAGAAUAGGUCUUUUUGGUUUUUGAUGGGAUGUUUACUGAAUAUAAAUACAGAAAAUGUACCGAAAUACUCCAUAUUUUGACAAACAGAGAAGAAAACUACAGUAUAUUUUGUAGAGAGGGGAGUCUUCUUCCUAAUGACAUACAAAUUAUGUUAUACUUUUAACGGUUUUACCUCAACACGGAAGUAGAUGCUUGAAUUCAAUUAUGGAAGAUUAUAAAAAGAUUUACGCCGCCCUCCUUGGUUUCAAUGUGAGUAUUAGGUACUGCAUGUAUGAUCAUGGUACCUGUAAGUCUUAUCGUUGCAAUGGUUGGUUUUCGAUUUCAGGUUGAUA